ACAAAACCAACGUGUCCGCCUCUACCACAAAAAGCCACCUGAGUCUCUGUACUCACUCUUGGGCCGUCACUGCUCUUCUUCAGAAAUCCAAAACCCUAGAAAUUCAUAUCCCACCGUUUUCUUGUUCAUAUCUCCAAAUGAAAUGGGACAUGGAAAUCGAGGAAAUCGAGGCCGUGCUGGAGAAGAUUUGGGACCUCCACGAUAAGCUCAGCGACGCCAUCCACUCCAUUUCCCGCGCUCACUUUCUCCACUCCGUCAAGGCCCUCCGCCAGUCGUCGUCGGAGAAGGAGAAGAAGACGAAGAAGAACGACACCAUCACCACCGCCGGAGAACUCUUCUACGGAAGCGACGCGGCGGCGGAGGAGGAGAGGCGGGCGGGGUUUGUGUUCGUGAAGGACUUCCGAGUCGAGGCGGAGGAUGACUCGGCGGCGAUAAGGGAGGCCAAGAGCCUUAAUGCGAUACGGACCGCGCUUGAGAACCUGGAGGACCAGCUCGAGUUCUUCCAUACUGUACAGGUGCAGCAGCGGGCUGAGAGAGAUGCUGCAAUUGCACGCUUGGAGCAAAGCCGCAUUGUUCUAGCACUGAGAUUGUCUGAACACCAUGGUAAGAAAUACAAGGUUAUUGAAGAAGCUCUCGCCUUUGUUGGAGAUGUCUGUGAUGCAAAUGGCUUUGUUUCUCCCGAAAGUCUCUAUGUUCCUCCAGUCACUCCUGGUGACAACUUGACGAACUCUGAAGGGAAGAGCUCUAACAUCUUAAUGAAAGUUCUUGUUUCAAGUGUAAAUUUUGCCAAGAAGACUCUUAAGUUGGAUAACAUGGGUGGACUACUGGGAAAUGCUGCAUUGGUGGCAGUCAGCAUGAUCGCAUUGGUGCAUAUGCAACAGGUUGCAGUUAAAGAGCAUACACAGCUGGUGGAAGAUAAAAUCUACAUGAACAGGAGUGCUAGAAAAACUUCCAGGACAGAGGGGGCAUCAUCCAGUAGUCGUCUCAGCAACUUGGAUGUGCUAUUAGCCAGGGGUUAAGGGAGAAAUCCUAAAGUUUUGUAGCAGGCAGUUGAAUGAUGGGUGGCCUUACUUCAUAGUUCCAUUGGGUUUGAAGAGUUUCUCAAGAGGUGUGGUAAUGUGUAAUAUAGUAGGCUGUUCUUAUUCAAGUUUUAGAUGACACGAACUAUCUUACAAGAUAUUCGAGGUUGUUCCCCUCUUUCUGUAAUCAUCUGAAAUUGGUUGUGCAUAUAGCAAGUUCGGAUAUUCGCCAUUAAUAUUCACAUGUUCUGUUUGAUCUUCAGUGUCC